AUGACCGAGCUCUAUACUGCCAUCAAUGGCGUAGAACACCUUCUAAACGGCAGUAUGGGUUCAUCCCCUUUGGCUAUUUCUCAGUGGAAAUCUGCCCAGAUUGCCGGAGAUGGCCUCGACCGACUCCUCUCCCUCGUUUCAACCGAGAGAGCAGCUAAUCUUACAACCAAAGCCUGGAUAUCGCUAGCUUCUCCUGAACACAUCAAAGCCCAAUGGACGGCCCUUCGGGCCUUAACCACUGACACCACAUCCCUCCCCCUGUAUGGAGUCCCCUUCGCUGCAAAAGAUAACAUCGAUGCCGAGGGCUUCAUCACCACUGCUGCAUGUCCAACGUUCAGCUCUACCCCAGCUACUUCAGAUGCUACAGUGAUUGCGAAGCUCAAAGCCGCUGGAGCAAUCCUUAUCGGAAAGACGAAUCUCGACCAAUUCGCUACUGGCCUGGUCGGUACGAGAUCGCCAUACGGUGCUGUUCCUAAUUCCUUCGACCCCAGUCGUGUCAGCGGUGGCUCCAGCUCUGGAAGUGCUGUCGUUGUCGCUCGUGGCAUAGUGCCCUUCUCUCUUGGUACGGAUACAGCUGGUUCUGGUCGAGUUCCAGCAGGGUUCAACAACAUCGUGGGAUUGAAGCCAACCCGUGGUGCUUUGAGCACUCACGGCGUACUUCCUGCAUGCAAAUCUCUCGAUUGUGUGUCCAUCUUCACCCUUACGGUUGGUGAUGCAGAAACAGUCUUAUCUGUCGCCGAAGGAUACGAUGUCCAAGACCCAUAUUCUCGAGCGCGACCUGACCCUGACAUUGCCCCUUUUGAUGAGUUCGGAGGCUCAGCAAGCCUUACUAAGCCCUCUCUCGCAAUAUGUGCCUCUCCAGACUGGUUCGAGCGAAACGACCAUUAUCCAGCGUACGAAAAGGCUCUCGCCAAAGCAAAAGCUUUGGGGUGGAGUCUCGUUCCAGUGGACUUCUCCCUCCUUUUUCGACUUGCGCGACUCCUGUAUAACGGCCCGUGGGUUGCCGAGCGGUACGAAGCCAUCCGGGGCUUUAUCGAGAGCGCCGCUGCGGAAGAAAUGGAUCCUGUCGUGCGAAAGAUUAUUAUCAGAGCUCAGACCCUUUCCGCAGCAGAUGUCUUUGAGGGUGAAUACCUUCGUCAAGAACUUACACGUCAAAUUGAGCGGGAUUUCGCUCAGUUCGAUGGCCUCUUGGUACCCACGUCUCCAACAUUCCCCACCCUUGAUGAGCUCGUCAAGAACCCGGUCGAGGAGAACUCGAUUCUGGGUACUUAUACCAAUUUCGUGAACUUUCUGGACUGGUCGGCGCUCUCUAUCCCCGCGGGCUUUCGGCCAGAUGGACUUCCAUUCGGUGUGACGCUCAUCUCGACCCGUUGGCAAGAACCCUUUCUCCUGUCUUGGGCUCGAGAGUGGUUUGGUGACGAAGAAAGGUUGCUAGGUGCAACUGGUGUAAGCGCUUACGAGUCUCCCGCUUCAACGUCAUCGAUCCCGUCGAAUUACAUCCCAAUUGCUGUGGUUGGUGCACAUCUCACUGGGUUCCCUCUCAACAAGGAUGUAGUGGCUCGUGGAGGAAGGUUCUUGAGUGCCACGAGGACAUCAUCGUCUUAUAGACUAUACUCUCUCAACACAACAGUCGGUCCCAAGAAGCCAGGUCUGAAGCGAGUCUCCACCGACGAUGGUGCCGAAAUUGAGGUCGAAGUCUGGAACCUGCCCAAGACCUCCUUUGCGAGCUUCAUGCUCACAAUUCCUCCUCCUCUUGCUAUCGGUUCGAUCGAACUCCAAGAUGGAUCUUGGGUAAAGGGGUUCGUAUGCCAGCCCUGCGGCUUCGACGAAGCUAUCGAUAUCUCCAGUCACGGCGGCUGGCGGGCUUAUCAUGCUUCUCUCGAGAAGGAGACCAAGCCGUUGACAAACGGGGUUCGUAAGCGUGCUAUCUCAACAAUUCUUGUAGCCAAUCGUGGCGAGAUCGCGGUUCGUAUAAUCGAGGCGAUACACAAAAUGGGUCUCCGAGCUGUUGCCAUCUACUCUGAGAAAGAUGCAGAUGCCGCACACGUUAGCAAAGCUGAUAUUGCUCUCAAGCUUGAAGGAUCUUCAGUGUCCGAGACUUAUCUGGAUAUGGACCAGAUACUGAAGUUGGCAGCUCAAUCUUCAGCUGACGCCAUCAUCCCUGGCUACGGCUUCCUCUCUGAGAAUGCCGAGUUUGCUACCGCCGUCGAAGAGAAGGGCAUGAUAUGGAUUGGACCAACUCCAAAGCAAAUGGCCGAUCUCGGGCUGAAACAUCGUGCCCGCGCUAUUGCAGUCGAGGCAGGCGUUCCCACUGUCCCCGGGUGUGAUACCCUUCUCACAUCGCUGGAAGAAGCUCUCAAUGAAGGCGAGCGAAUUGGCUUCCCCUUGAUGCUGAAAAGUACUGCUGGAGGCGGCGGUAUCGGCCUAAGCUACUGCAAAGACAGACAAAGCCUAGCCACAACGUUUGAGAGCGUUCAACGGCAAGCGGAAGCUAAUUUCGGCAACGGCGGCGUUUUCAUCGAACGGUUUAUCCAACGGGCUCGCCACGUUGAAGUCCAGAUUCUCGGAGACGGCACAGGUCGUGUCAUUGCUGCCGGCGAGCGGGACUGCUCUCUACAACGGCGCCAUCAGAAGGUUGUUGAAGAAAGCCCUGCGAUUCUUGUCCCUGAGUCAAUUCGGUCGGAAAUGCGAGCGGCUGCAAUUCGGUUGGCUUCAUCCGUCGAAUAUCGUAAUGUCGGCACCGUCGAGUUCAUAUAUGAUAUCGAUUCAAGGGAGUUCUAUUUCCUGGAAGUGAAUACUCGGUUACAAGUUGAGCAUCCUGUGACUGAGUCAGUAACUGGUCUUGAUCUUGUGGAGUGUAUGAUCAAUAUUGCCGAUGGAAAUGCAACUCACUUGUUUGAUAUGGAGCUCCAAGUGUCUGGUGCUUCAAUUGAGGUCCGUGUAUACGCUGAAAGCCCCUUUCAGUCUUUCCGCCCCUGCGCUGGUCGUAUCACCGCUCUUGAGUUCCCUUCGUCUCUUCGAGUCGAUACUUGGAUCCAACUUGGGACUGAGAUCACGACUUCUUUCGAUCCACUGGUGGCCAAGCUCAUCGCAUCUGGGUCCGAUCGUGAAGAGGCUAUCGAGAACUUAGCCAAAGGCCUUGCAGCUACUCACAUCGAAGGCGUACAAACCAACCUCGAGUAUCUCUGUCAGAUUGUAGCGUCUCCCAUGUUCAAGUCUGGCGAUUAUACGACGAAAUCUUUGGACUCCUUCCAGUUCCACUCCUCUUCUUUUGAAGUCCUUCAGCCUGGGGCUUUGACCACGGUUCAAGACUACCCAGGCCGCACUGGAUAUUGGAACAUCGGUAUCCCUCCUGGGGGCCCAAUGGAUUCCUACUCCUUUCGACUGGCGAAUCGUCUCGUGGACAACUCUUCAGGCGCGGCGGGGCUAGAAUGCACUCUUGGAGGCCCGUCCUUGAAGUUUCAUUGUGAUGCUGUCAUUGCCGCCGUCGGUGGUGUUGCACAAGUCGCAAUCGACGAUGUAGCGGUUUCCAUGAACCAAGCCAUUGGUGUCAGAGCAGGUCAGAUACUGAGUAUUGGUGUCGUUGAGCAUGGUCACCGUGUAUAUCUUGCUAUUCGGGGAGGAAUUCAAGUCCCAGUCGUGAUGGGCAGUCGAGCGACUUUCGAACUUGGGAAGCUUGGGGGCUUCAGCGGUCGUAAGCUCCAAGCGCGCGACAUCCUUGCCAUAGGUUCUGAAGCUCCCUUGGUUAGUGAAGGUCGGACAAUAUCGCCAGUGCCUGUGCCAACUCACCCCAAAGCCUCAUGGACCAUCAGAGUCAUCCCCGGUCCCCACGGAGCACCAGACUACUUCACCCCUGAAAGCGUCAAGGCGUUGUACCUCAGCGAAUGGAAGGUUCAUCACAACAGUAACCGCCUCGGCGUUCGUCUCACUGGCCCCCAGCCCGAAUGGUCUCGCAGAAGCGGAGGCGAAGCCGGCUUACAUCCGUCCAAUAUCCAUGAUGCUCCGUACUCGAUCGGCAGUGUGAGUUUCACUGGGGAUGAAGCUGUCGUUCUGGGAUGCGAUGGUCCGAGUCUCGGUGGAUUCGUGGUGCUGUGUGUGGUGUGCUCUGCGGAUCUGUGGAAGAUGGGACAGGUUCGGCCUGGGGAUACGAUUCGCUUCGAUCCUAUUGAUGUUGCAACUGCGAUUGAAUUAGAGAAGAAGCUCGAUGAAGCCAUUGAGACACUCUCACCUCUUGAGGCUUUGGAAGGCGUCCCGUCUGAUGAGGCAGCUCUGGUAAAGAAAUUGGGAAGUAUUCCUGCCACCGUGGGUAUCGUCGAACAUGACGGCCAAAGAGUUACUGUCCGUCAAGCUGGAGAUCGAGCAUUUCUCUUGGAGUUCGGUGAUGCCUCCGCUUUCAAUCUCCGUCACAACUUUGAGAUAUCAGCGUUCUGUGGGAACCAUGCGAAGAACCCCAUCCCUGGCGUUGAAGAACUCACCCCAGGUGUCUUCAGCCUCCACGUCACCUACACUCGCGGUCUGUCCCCAGAGCUGAUGCUGUCACGCUUGGCAGGUCACAUCCGGUCAUACAAAGUCCCCUCCCAAGUCCCCUCGAGGAGCGUCAGUCUCCCCAUAGCAUUCGACGAUAGUGUCAGCCGCGCCGCCAUCGAACGAUAUACAGCAACAAUCCGUCCAAACGCACCCUGGCUCCCCAGCAACAUCGACUUCCUCCAAAAGCUCAACGGCAUCGCUGAUCUGACCAAAGUUUUGAGCGCCGCGGAGUUCGUAGUCCUCGGUCUCGGCGAUGUGUUCAUGGGCUCUCCAUGUGCAAUCCCCUUGGAUCCGCGUCACCGUCUGUUCGGAACAAAGUAUAAUCCUUCGCGCUCUUUCACACCUCGUGGUGCUGUUGGUAUCGGGGGUCAGUAUAUGUGUAUCUACGCGACGGAUUCACCUGGCGGGUAUCAGCUUGUCGGAAGGACAGUUGAGAUAUGGGAUUCUGACCUUGUUGACACUGAGGCUUGGUUCUUUCGGCGCUUUGAUAGGAUUUCUUUUUAUCCCGUCACUGAAGCGGCGCUAGAUGGAGCAUCGAGGUCUGAGCUUGUUCAGAUCAGUGACGGUGUUCUUGAUCUUGAACAAUACGAGACGUGGCUUACCAUGAACAAAGAGGACAUUGCCGCUGCUGCGGACCAACAAGCAAGGGCCAUUUCCAACGCGCCCUUUGUCAAUGAAUUGCUUCUUCCGUAUCAAGUCGAGUCUGUUGUCAAUGGACACAGUCCGAGUCUUGAUAGUUCGGGUCUUCGUGGUGAACGAGUCAAGGCGACGAUGCCGGGUCGAUGUUACAAGGUCAUGGUGAAAGAAGGGAGUAUUGUAGGCAAGGGCGAUGUUCUGGUCUGUAUUGAGUCAAGUAAGAUGGAAGUUGAGAUUCGCAGUCCUGUUGGUGGAAAAUGCUUGGUUGUUUUGGUGCAGGCGGGAGAUUUGAUUGACGUGGAGGAUGAUCUGGUGGUUAUUGAGUGA